UCCCAUGUGUUUGUGAAUCUAUUCUCGUUGCCUCGCACUGGCAUCCGUCAAGAUGAGGGCUGUUCGGAUGAAUCCCCAAUUGUAUUGCAUGGUCAUUCCAGUGCUGACUUUGAUUGUCUUACUAUUGAAUCACUCAAAGAUUCAAGAAUUCAAGCUGAUACUAUGAAUGAACCUAGUCCAACAAACACUGAAUCUGUGCCCUUUCUUAUCUCACUGCUUAAAAUGGGUGCCAUCUUCGACAUCAAAGUCGCAAAGUUGCAUGCCAUCCAUCAUCUCCAAACCCAUCCAGAUCUCCAUCCAACAACAAAACUCCAGCUUUGCCACUGCUUCAGAAUCAUCGCAUGGCUUUCUCCG